CUCAUAUUUUGUUUGAUUUGAAUAUAAAUGUUGCAUCCACCGUUAUUUCUAUAGGUAGUACACCAGUACACAGACCACAUUAAUAUUGCUUUUUCAAUGCAAAUAUUAAUCGCAAGCAAUAUUCCUUGGAAUGAAUAUGGAGGAGAUAUUUGUUAUUAUUGCGUUACUUUUCGGUUUCGUAUUUGGUGCGGAUGAAGUGUUACAAUUAAAUCAAGGAAAGUUGACUGGUAGCAGUUUGAAAACAAGAAAUGGACGAGAAUUCAAAGCGUUUCAGGGAAUACCCUACGCCAAACCACCAACUGGAGAUCUUAGGUUUAAGGAUCCAGUACCAGCAGAUCCGUGGAUAGGUAUUUUAAAUGCUACUACCGAGCCACAAGUGUGUAUUCAGAAGAACUUGUUUUAUUAUCAACAAGCGGAUAUCCUUGUCGGUGCAGAGGACUGUCUAUAUCUCAAUGUGUACACUCCAAAAAUACCAAAAAAGGGUGAUAGAAAAUUACUUCCAGUCAUGUUUUGGAUUGCCGGUGGAGGUUAUUUUUCGGGUUCGGGAGGUUUAAGUUUAUAUGGUCCUCAAUAUUUGUUAGACAAGGAUAUAGUUCUAGUUACCCUAAAUUACAGACUUGGAAUUCUAGGUUUUCUAAGUACUGAAAACGAUGUCUUGCCGGGUAAUUAUGGUAUGAAAGACCAAGUUUUAGCACUACAAUGGGUAAAAAAAAAUAUUGAUAAAUUUGGUGGAAAUAGAAAAAAAGUUACAUUAUUUGGACAAAGUGCUGGAAGUGCUUCCGUUGGUUUACAUUUGUUAUCAAAAAUGAGCAAAGGGUUGUUUCACAAAGCAAUAAUGGAAAGUGCAUCGCCAUUAAACCUUUGGGGCGUAUCCCCACCGGGGUGGGCCGAACGAAGAGCCUCUGCUAUUUCAACUAUUGCUGGAUGUCCCGAAGAACCAAGACAAAUGGUAAAAUGUUUAAAACAAGUACCUGCGAAAGUUUUAGUGAACUUAUAUAACAGUUUAUUUGAGUGGAGAAAUUAUCCAAUAAUCAAUUUCAUGCCUGUUGCUGAAAAUUGUAAAAAAAAAAAAGAUUCGUUUUUAUGUAAAUAUCCUUUACUAGACUUUAAACAAAUAUCAAAAGUUCCAGUUUUAAUGGGAAUGAACUCUGGAGAGGGUGGUCUUUUUGCCUCUAGAAUGUAUAACGCAACUGAUCUUGUGUAUACUGAAUUGAAAGAAGAUUUUGAUCAUUACGUAUCGUCAUUUUUAGAGUAUAGAUAUACGACAAAGUAUUCAGAUAUUCCAAUAAUUGGUGACAAGAUAUUUGAAAGAUAUUUCCCAGACGGUACUUUGAAAGAUCCAUUGAAUGCUGUCAAAAUGAUUUCUGGUGGUCUAUUUUUACACGGUAUCUUUAAAAUGGCAAUCGAGUUAUCACGACCGGUGUAUUAUUACAUAUACGAUCAUUUGAACUAUGUAUCGUUUAAUUCGGUAUAUGGACCGUAUCCAUUUCCAAAAAAAUUAGGGGUAACGCACACUGACGAAGUAACCAGUUUAUUUUAUACAACUGAACGUGGUGACCUACAGGGAGAGGACCUUAGUGUAUCAAAUCUUAUGGUGGACAUAUGGACAAAUUUCGCAUGCAUCGACUCAAUCACAAUUGAUGGUACCAAAAACGGAAAAAAAUGGCCGAAAUUUAAUACCAAAAAAUAUGAAUUUGUUUUGAUUAAUACAAGUAUUCCUUUAAUUAAAGAGAAACCAUAUGUUGAUGAAUACGAAUUUUGGAAUAGUUUGCCACUGUUGUCUGGAUUGAAUGAAGCCCGAGCGUCAUAUAAAACUGAACUUUUAAAUAUGCAUCGCAUUGUGUUGGCUGUUUUUACGUUACUUUUCCAAUAUGUCUUUUGUACCGGUCCACUGAUAAACGUACACGAAGGCCAAUUGAAAGGAAAACAGUUCUUGUCGAGAAAUGGACGGAAUUUUUUUGCGUUUCAAGGAAUACCGUAUGCAAAACCACCUGUGGGACAGCUCCGGUUCAAAGCUCCGGAACCAAUUAGUCCCUGGAAAGGCGUAUUUAAUGCUACAUCAGAGCCGUCAAUGUGUAUUCAAAAGAAUCUGUUCAUGUACCAGACAUCCGAUGUCCUCUUGGGAAGUGAAGAUUGCCUAUAUUUAAACGUUUAUACACCAAAGCUGCCCAAAACAGGUGUGAAAAAUUUACCUGUCAUGGUAUGGAUCCCAGGAGGAGGUUUUAGCUCUGGACAUGGUGGUAUGCGACUCUAUGGCCCUAAGUAUCUAAUGGAUAAAGACAUUGUUUUAGUUACAAUAAAUUACAGGAUCGGACUUCUCGGUUUUUUGAGCACUGAAGAUGACAUAUUGCCGGGAAAUUAUGGUUUGAAAGAUCAAGUAGUAGCACUUCGUUGGGUGCAAGAUAAUAUCGCCAAAUUUGGCGGCGAUAAUAAAAAAGUUACAUUGUUCGGUGAAAGUGCAGGAGGGGCAAGUGUGGGAUUGCAUUUACUGUCACCAUUAAGUAAAGGACUAUUUCACAAAGCAAUUAUACAAAGUGGAAGUCCCUUUUGUCAAUGGGCCGUCUUGCCACCGGGAUUAGCCGAGCGGCGUGCCAAAGCUGUUGCUACAAUUACUGGAUGUCCUUCCAAUUCAAAAGAUAUGAUUGACUGUUUAAGGCUGUUGCCCGCCGAUACAUUCGUGCAAUUAAAUAGAAAUUUUUUUGAAUGGGAAGUACAUCCAUCAGUCACAUUUUCAGCCGUUGUUGAAAAGUGUCACGAGAAAAAAGAUUCGUUUUUAUGCAAUUAUCCUUUAAAAUAUUAUAAACAAGAAUCACUCGUGCCGAUUAUAAUUGGAAUGAAUUCUGGAGAAGGUGGUUUUUUUGCAUCUCGGCUGUAUAAUGAAAAUGGACUUAUCUACCCUGAAUUUAAAGAAAACUUCAGACGAAUAGUGCCUCUAAUGCUGCUUUACCAUUUCACCGCUUCAUACAAAGACGUUGGUCUUAUUAGUGACAAAUUGAAAGAGCAUUACUUUCCAGAAGGAACUUCGAUCGAAGACAAUCCUAAAAAGACGGUCGAUAUGGUCACUGGUGGCAUAUUCUUAAAAGGGGUUAUUGACAUGGCCAAUCAUGUAAUGUCACCUGUACACUUUUAUGUGUACGAUUAUGUAAACAAGCAUUCAUUAAAUGCAUUAUUCGGACCAUGUCCAAAACAUUUAGGUGUCACUCACGGCGAUGAAAUGAUUAGCCUUUUCGACUUAGGCAAGCGGUUAAACACACAAGACGAGAAUGUGUCUAAACUUAUGGUAGACAUUUGGACGAACUUCGCCAGCUCUGAUAAGUUGACUGUUGACGGAAAAAACACAGGAAAUACUUGGCCGAGGUAUAACAAAAAGGACAUGAAAUAUUUAUUAAUAAAAUCAUCCACGCCUGUUUUGUCCGAAAGACCGUUUACGGACGAGUACAACUUUUGGAGCGGACUGCCACUGACGCCUAGUGUCAACUACAGUCGAGAACAUUCCAGAACGGAACUUUAAAUGUGUAUAGUGUAGAUAAACAUUUAUAUUGUAAGCUUCUAAAAUUAACCGUGACUAAUACUAAUUAUUCUAAAUGCAUGUUAGAGUAAAUAAUUAUUUAAGUUAUUAUUUGGUAAUUUUUUUUUUUAAACCUACCUACUAUAUUUUAGGAGAAAAAUAUAUUAUUAUUUUUAUACGUUUUUUGUAGACUUAUAAUACUGCCAAAACCAAUUUUUAAGGUGAUAUUAUUUGUCUUGUUGUAUAAAAAUAUAAAACGAUGCCAACAAUAAUUGUUAAUAUAAAACUAUUUUCUGGUAUUGUAUAAUAUUUACGAGUGUUUACGAAAAAUAUUGUUUUAUAUUUUUGAGCUGAUAUAUAUAAUAUAUGUUACAGUAAGUUCCGCUUAAUGUGAUCGCUGGUUUACAGAAUCAACCGUUUAUUGGAAUGAAAAUUGAAAAUCCCAAACCAAAAUAUAUUCUAUUGAAAAAAAGAUGCUUCAUGGAAUCAACUGGUUAAUAGAAUCAAAAUGGCCUGAACCAAUGUGAUCA